CUUGAGGCAGGAACCUUUGUGGGGCCUGGCUGCUCUGAACACAGCAGAUCCACACGCUGCCUCCAGGUGGCUCCAGCAUCCUCCCUCCCAGGAGACUCUGAUACGCCAACACUUCACAUAGAAAACAGGACAAAGGCUGUCUUCCUUGAAAAACCACAAAACCAAGCUCUCCUCUUCUCUUCUUUGUACUGGUUUGACUCCAAGUCAGGUGAUAGUGGUGGUGGUGGUGGUGAUGAUGAUGAUGAUGAUGGUGACACAUAAGUCUUUUACAGCCUACUGGCUGUACAUGGUUAACCAUUUGUAUCCAGGCAGGUAGGCGUUGCUUUUAAGUAGGAAGUGGUGACCGGGUGACUGUCUUCUGGCAAUUCUAGCAGCUCACUACUCAUUUCUCAGUGCUCACUGCUGUUGCAUCUGUUGGCAGAAUGGUCCUCACACUCUUAGGACUGGAGCCUGGACAACCACCGAGGCGCGGGUAGCUAGCCCGUCCACUCUGGAUCUCAGCAUUUCCUGGGGAAACAAUGAAUUCCACAGAGGCCUACUACUACCUUGACACAGCUUUCUAUUCUGUGCCCACAGCAGACCAGCCAUGCUCCUUGGAAGAGGUCAGACAGUUCACCAGGGUGUUUGUGCCAAUCGCCUACUCUUUAAUAUGUGUCUUUGGCCUCCUGGGCAAUAUUAUGGUGGUGAUGACCUUUGCCUUCUAUAAGAAGGCCAGAUCCAUGACGGAUGUUUACCUGUUGAAUAUGGCCAUUACAGACAUACUUUUUGUCCUCACUCUGCCAUUCUGGGCAGUUACUCACGCCACUGACACUUGGGUUUUUAGCAACGUGCUGUGUAAGCUGAUGAAAGGCAUCUAUGCAGUCAACUUUAACUGUGGGAUGCUGCUCCUGGCUUGUAUCAGCAUGGACCGGUAUGUUGCCAUCGUUCAGGCAACCAAGUCUUUCCGGGUACGAUCCAGGACACUGGCACACAGUAGGGUCAUCUGUGUGGUGGUGUGGCUCAUUUCAGUCAUCAUCUCCAGCCCCACAUUUACCUUCAAUGAGAAGUACCAGCUGCAGGGCAGGGACGUCUGCGAGCCUCGGUACAGGUCUGUCAGGGAGCCCAUCACGUGGAAGCUGCUGGGGCUGGGGCUGCAGCUGCUGUUCGGCUUCUUCAUCCCGCUGCUGUUCAUGACAUUCUGCUAUCUCUUCAUCAUCAAGACCUUGGUGCAGGCCCAGAAUUCUAAAAGGCACAGAGCCAUCCGCGUGGUGAUCGCCGUGGUCCUUGUGUUUCUGGCCUGUGAGAUCCCUCACAACGCCGUCCUUCUUGUGACUGCGGUGAACACGGGUAAGAUGAACCGGCCCUGCAGCGGUGAGAAACUCCGUGCCUACGUCGGGAACGUGGCUGAGGUCCUGGCUUUUCUCCACUGCUGCCUCAACCCUGUGUUGUAUGCGUUCAUCGGGCAGAAGUUCAGGAACUACUUCAUGAAGAUCAUGAAGGACGUGUGGUGCGCGAGAAGGCUGAAGAAGGCGCCGGGCUUCCUCUGUGCCCGGGUGUACUCAGAAAGCUACGCCUCCAGGCAGACCAGUGAGAUUACAGACAAUGACAACGCAUCAUCCUUUACCAUGUAACAUGUGGCUAUGAAGCCACAUACCCUGAAAACCUUUGUGAAUCUUGCUAUUGUAUUUGGAAAAAAAAAAAAAAAAAAAAAAAAAAAAAAAAAGGAAGGAAGGAAGAAACAAAGAAAGCCAUGCCCAAAUAUAUACAAUAACUAUGAAAAUUAAGCAAAGACUUCCUGCAGGACCAAUGAGGAGGUGGGCACAAACAGCUAGGCCCUCCCAGGUGUGCGUGGCAAGUUAACAUUGGCAGCUCUUGUCUCCAUAAGAUCAGAUGUAGGGAAGUCUGGAUAAGAGUGAAGAGCUUAUGAACGUAAACAUAUUCAGAAAUGCUCACGAAGGGGAGGGUCACAGACCUAGUGACCCCUAGCACCCACAGCACAGAACAA